AUGUCUAAUGAAACUUCUAAUUCAACUAUAUUUGAUAAUAUUAAUGAAUGUGAUGUACCUUCUAAUAAUUUAGAUAAUAAUACAAAAGUUGAAUGGUAUAUUCAAGUAGAUCCAAGUCUAGUUAAAGAAUGCAAAAAAUUUCUUCAUGAUUUAAAGCAAAAUAGUAUCUAUUCAAAAAAAAUCAGUAUCAAAUAUAUUCCAAAUGAAGUUUAUUAUAAAAUGCUUCGACAAACAAUAAACUCAAAAGUUGAUUAUAUAAGACAUAAACCCAAACGAUUAUUAUAUGCAACACAAAAGCGAUCAAGAAAAUAUUUGCAAGAAGAAAUUAAUUUUGAUGAUACACAAGAUCUAGAAAUUGAUACUCAAGAUCAAACUAAUAAUAUACAAGAUCAAGUUCAUGAUCAGGAAAUAGAUGAUAUACAAAAUCAAAAUUUUAUUAAUGAAAUACAAGAAACUGAUAAUAAUUCUGAAACUAAUAAUGAUAACGAUAAUAAUAUUAAUGAAAUUUAUGAAUCUGUGAAUACAGAGGCUAAUAAUAUUCUUAACAAAGUACAAGAGUCUAAUAAUAGUUUAGAAUAUAAUAAAAAAAAUCAAAGAUCUAAAAGAG